AUUAAUUCAUAACUACAGCUCAUAUGUGACCCAUUUGUGGCAUUUUAUAUUAGAAGACAAAACAUAAAUAGUCAUUCCAAAAAUGCUACAUCCUUAUUGUCCCCACCACCGUGUGUGGUUCAGUCCGCGUGAUGACGUUGUCCAAUCAAAUUAAAGCGGUGCAUAUUUAAAAUAUUGUUCUCUCGUCCCUCCAGUUAUUCCCUCAAGUUUCCUGGAGAGGAAAUGGCGGAGUCUGCUGUUAAAGUCUGUGUCCGUGUUCGUCCUGUUGCUGAGAGGGAAGAAAAUGCAGCUUCAGAAAAGCCCGUCCAGCUGUUCUGGGAAAAUGACAAGAAAUCAAUUCGUCAGAUUGAUGAUGGAAAUUCCAGCAAGUGCUUCACUUUUGACAGAGUGUUUGGUGCUGAAGAAUCUACAAGCCAGCUGUACCAGGACAUCGCAAAGCCUCUGGUUGUGUCCACCGUUGCGGGUUACAAUGGAACCAUAUUUGCCUACGGUCAGACAUCUUCGGGGAAGACGUUCACAAUGAUGGGCAGUGACCGUAACCGUGGAGUCAUUCCUCUGGCCGUAGACGACGUCUUCCAAACUAUUAAAACGUUUCCAAACAAGGAAUUCCUUCUCAGAGUGUCCUACAUGGAAAUCUACAACGAAACUGUGACGGACCUGUUGGUUGACAGCUGGAAGAGAAAACCUUUGGAAAUUCGGGAAACUAUGAAUAAAACGGUCUACGUGGCUGACCUGACUGAGGAGCUCGUCACAACGUCUUCACAAGCCCUCGCCUGGAUCAGGAAGGGAGAAAAGAACCGUCACUACGGAAAGACUAAAAUGAACCAGCGGAGCAGCCGCUCGCACACCAUAUUCCGUAUGAUCCUGGAGAGCAGAGAAAGGAGUGAUCCAGCAUCUGGGGAAAAUGCUGAUGGAGCCAUUAUUGUUUCCCACUUAAAUUUAGUGGAUCUCGCUGGAUCUGAGAGAGCCAGUCAAACAGGGACGGAAGGUACUCGUUUCAAAGAAGGAUGCAAUAUCAAUCUCAGUCUGUUUAUACUUGGACAGGUGAUCAAGAAACUCACUGAUGAAAACCAGAAAGGCUUUACCAGCUACAGAGACAGCAAACUGACCCGCAUCCUGCAGAACUCCCUGGGAGGCAACGCUAAAACGGUCAUCAUCAGCACCAUCACGCCCGUUUCUCUGGAGGAGACCCUCGGCACUCUGCAGUUUGCCAGCACCGCAAAGAAAAUGAAGAACGACCCUCAUGUGACGGAGGUAUCGGAUGACGGCGCGUUGCUCAAGAGGUAUCGGAAUGAGAUUGUAGACCUCAAACGUCGACUGAACGAGGUGUCUUCGGUCACACAGACCACAGUGACGGAAAAAGAGGUUCUGUCUCAGCUGCUCCAAGAGAAGGAUCAGCUCCAGAGAGAGCAAGAGGACCGGAUCAGAAACCUGACCAAACUGCUGGUCACCAGCUCCAACCUGGUCUCUGUUCCAAAGAUGCCGAAGCGCCGGGUGACGUGGGGAGGAAAGAUGCUCCACGGCAGUCAGCCGGCCUGCGACGACGACGGGAUAGCUAACAUGAACGUGACUUUUAGCAGGAAGAGGAGAGCUAAUCGUUUCUGUUCCGGGGAUCUAGUUGAAGCUGAUGAAGACUUCUACCCUCACUGGGAGAUUCCUGAGGAGCCUUCAGAAGAGAUGGAGAUGAGCCAGAGCUCUUUGACUGUUCGCAGCUUUGGGGACAGUGACCUGGCGUCUCCUGAUCAAAGAUGUGCUCUCUUAGAGAAACUAUCCAACCUGGAGCAUCAGCUCGAAACGGAGCGUCAGCAGAGGGAGGAGGCUGUGAGACAGGCCGAAACCCUGGACUGCCGAGUCGCAGAGCUGCAGGUCCAGUUGCAGACUUUGCUGAAAGAAGAAGCGGCGGAGAAGAAGCAGUCAGAAGAGAGGCUGGCAAACCUGGAGGCGCAGCUGCGAAACGAAACCCAGCAGAAGCUGGAUGCCUCGUUGCAAGUGCAAGCCGCUGAACAGAAGGUUGCAGAGCUGGAGGAGGUCCUGCAAACCGAGGCGCAGCAGAAGCGGGAAGCCACUUUGACCUCCACUUUUUUGGAGAUCAAAGUGUCUGAGCUGGAGAGGCAGCUGGAGGAGAAGAGGCAGUCUGAGUCUGAGCAGAUGAGGAAAGGAUUUGCAGAGAGUGUUCAGCUGUGUGAAACCUUGGCAUCAGAGAAGGAAGCGGUUACUGCCGAGCGAGACCACCUGAAACAGGAGCUGGGGAUGUUUCUGGAGCACACGCAGAGCUUGGAGAAGGAAAAUGCUGCUCUCCACCAAGAGCUGAAGGAGAAAAAGGAUCUGGAAGAGUUCAAAAGUCUGGAGCUGAAGUUCAUGGAGGAACAGGAGAGUGAAUUACAGAAGGAAAUAUCGAGUCUAAAGAAGGCCAUCGAAUUGUCUGAACAUCAGCGCCUUCAACCAGAGAUGACCCUGACAGCCAGCAAGGAGAAUCUGGAGGCUGAGCUGACUGGACCUGUUCUCCACAUGGCGGUGGAAAGCCAUCCUGAAAAACAUCAGAAUGUUUCGUAUGACGACGUUGAGCUCAGCGCUCUAGAUGACACGCUGCCACAAAAUCUGUUAGGAAGUGUGAAAGUGGAAAGCGGCGUCAUCAGCCUGCAGGAGGAGCUGGCUCUAUGUGGAGAGGCAGAGGAGGCACUAAGGGAGCAGCAGGAGGAACAGGCUUCACUUCAGACUCCUGGAGAUCAGAGUGGAGACCUGACAGGGGAGCUGCAGGAUGUUAACAAGACGACUGACGACCUCCAGUCAGGUCUGGCUGCUCAGGAGACGGAGCUGAAGCAACAAUGUGCCGAUUUAACUCAGCAGCUCGAUGCACUGCAAGCAGAGCAGAGACAGAGCGUCCUGGACAGGAGCCGGCUUUUAGUUUCUCUGGAAGAGAAAGACGCAGAGCUGAAGCAGACGAUUGAAGCCCUCCAGGGUGUAGAAGCAGAGAGGGAGGCUCUGCUGUUGGAACGACGUGUUCAGAGCUCCGCUGAAGAUGGAAACGCAGCGACGGACGUCCUCAGGUCCAUUCAGGAAGAACUCAGGGAAGAAAAGCAGAGGAACUCUGACAUGAAGACGGCCUUUCUAGAGAAGGAGUCCGAGUUAAAGGAACAUAUGCUGAGGCUAACACAGGAGCUCCAAGAUGGCGGCAGGAGCUCCACAGAGGAGGUGGAGAGGCUGCUGACUGCGGUCGCCUCUCUGACUGCAGAGAGAGAUCAGCUCAAGCAGGACCUGCAGGAAAAUGUGGAGCUGAUGAUCGAGAACCAGGACGAGCUGAGGAGCGUCCUGGAGAAGAACCGUGAGCAGGCCAAGCAGAUCAAACUUCUGAAGUCUGGAAACGUCUGCAAGCAGGAUGGAGGUCCCACUGAAACGGACACUCAGCUGGAGGAAGCACAGGGAAGUAUGACCGCUUUAAGUGAGGAGCUGAGGCAAACCCAGGCAGAAAAAGACGGACUGCUCUCCCAGAGCGCAGCCACUCAGACCACAGAGGAGCUGGAGGAGCUGCAAGGCAGACUGGCUGCUCUUACCGAGGAGAGAGAGGAGCUGCUGCACGCAGCGGAGAGGCUGAGAGGGGAGAAGGAGGAGCUCCGAGCACAGCUGGAGGAGAAGACCCACAUGAUGCAGUGCGAGAUGCAGCAGCAGCAGCUCCUCUCUGAAGCGAAUCCACUGAAAGACAAGCAGAUCCAGCAGCUGGAGGAGCUGGAGCGUCUGAGGUCUGUUCUUCAGGAGAAGGAGAAGCUGAUGCUUGAGAAGCAGGAGGAGCUCCAGGUGCUGAAGGAGAGCAGGGAGAGGAUGGAGGAAGAUAUGAUGGAGCUGAAGAGUCAGCUGGUAGAGAUGCAGAGCAGCAGCUGCAACACACACAAGCAGUUUGCUGAGGAGCUGGAGUGUGUGAAAGCAGAGAGGGAGGUUCUGCUGGCCCAGAGGGACGCUGUGAGCCAGCGGUUUGAGGAGGAGCUGGAGAAGCUGCAGAGCUCCCUGGAUACCGUCGGUCAGGAGAGGGAGGAGCUGCAGGAGGAGCUGAGACAGAAGCAGGAAGCUGAGAUGCAGCUGCAGAGAAGAACGGAGAUGUUGGAGGCUGAGGUCAGGGAGCUGAACGCGUUUGUACAGAAUGUUACUGAGCAGAAGAGGCAGCAGGAGCAGCAACUGCAGCAACUUGGACAAAAGGCUUCCUCAACAGAAGAACUUCUGAAUGCUCUGCAGUAUGACUUGCGCCAACAAAGAAACGUGAACUCUGAGCUGAAGAAAGCGAGUGAAGAGGAGAAACGUUCUUUGGAGCAGAAGAUAACAGAAUUAUGUAACAACUUGGAAAGUGUUGAAGCAGAGAGAGACUUUCAUCUGUCAGACAAAGAGGAGAACCUGCAGAAGCACAAAGAAGAGAUGGAGAAGCUGCAGCUCAGCGUGACGGCUCUGAGUCAGAAGAGCGAUCUGCUGCAGGAGGAGAAGGAGCAGCUCGAGGCGCAGCUGCAGCACAACAUCAACAUGGCGUCAGCCUACCAGGAGAAGAUCACCCAGCAGGAGCUGCUGAUGACGCAGAAGCAAACGGAAAAAGACGAACAAGAAGCAACAUUUCAGCAAAAAUGGCAGAACCUGCAGAAGGAGCUGCAGCUGCAGAGGGAGGGAAGAGCUCAGUCUGAAGCCCAGCGCGACGCCUCCCAGCAGCUGCUCAAUGAAGCAAACGUGUCUCUGUCAGCCCUGAGACAGCAGCUGAACAACCUGGAGCAGAAGCCCAAUGCACUCUGGGAGACUCUGUCACACCUGCAGGACUCUGCUGAUCAUCUUGAUGCAACCUUUGGAAAAUUCCAACAGUUUAGAGAAAUGUGCACAAAGACGGCCUCUGAAACCCCGGAGAACGUUCUGAAAGUCCAGAGUUUCCUGAAGCUUUCUGACCUGAAGGACCUUCCAAAGUCCAGGCUGGCUGUCUUCGGUGACGUUUGUGAGCUGGGAUUUCAAACCUGCAGCAGUUUCACAAAGACUCUUGAACAGCUCACGGUGCAUCCACGUGUUUAUAUGAAAACAUUUGAGCUGCUGGUGAAUAUAGACCUGGCUGUUUUUGAGGAGAGACGGCUGCAGGACUUGCUGACGUCCAGAGUUGACGCGCCUAAGUUUUCCCUCAACAUCGAGGAUUUCCACUCCCGGUGGAAUCAGAGGCUCUCUAAGCUUCUGGACAAACGUCGGCUCUACCAGCAGCAAAUGGAGAGCAUUUUGGAGAGGCUCUGGGCCAACCUGACUUCAUAUAUCGCAGUGCGACAGGCUGAAGUUCAGGAGAGGGUCAAAUUCAACGAGUCUAUCGAGGCCGCCUCCAGCCCACCGGUCAUCAGCGAGCUGGAGCGAAUCCUCGGCCAAGAAGCUGAACGGAGGCGACUUGUGGUCCAAAACGGGACGAUGCCUUUACAGGUCAUCAGUGAUGAGCUCAGUAAGAUUUUGGCUGAACUAAUGCAGAUGGAUAAACAGAGAGAUGGUCAGCUUAGAGAAGAGAGGAGGAAGACGUCAUCCCUGCUACAGCAGCUGGAGGGAACGCCUGCGAUACCAAACCUGUCCUCAGUCCAGGACUACCAGCAGCUUCAGCAAGCAGCAGGAGAGCUUACAGCUCUGCAGGAGCAGCUAGAGGAGGCGAAGGCUGAAGCCAAAAACAUGGGGUCCAACCACAAACGGACCACUCAGCUCCUGCAGACUGAACUGCUGGACACUAAAGUUCUUGUAAAGGAGAAGGAGAACACAAUCCUGACCUUAAAGGUCAAACUGGAAGAGUCUGAAAAGAAUGCAUCACUCAGUGCAGCUCAGCUGAAAAACUUCCAGAGCAAACUCCGUGAGGAGGAGGUGAAGCUGGCCUCCAUCACACAGGAACACCAGCAAGAGAUGGAGAAGAUGAAGACGGUGCUGAGUGUGAAGGAGGAGUCUCUGAGGAAGCUGAAGCAGGAUCUGAGAUCACAGCAUCAGGGCGAGGAGUCGUUCCUCACAGGGAAGGAGCUUCACGCUCGACUAACCAACCCCAGAGGUACGAUGAUCCAGAGCAGCAUUCUGUUGGAGAAGACCAAGCUGGAAGAAGAGGUGAAACAGCUCCGGCUGCGGAUCACUGAGCUGGAAAGCUUGGUUUCCUGCCAGCAGGAGGAGACUACCAAGUGGAAGAACAGAGCAAUCAGUCUUAAAGGGAAGAGCAAAGCCGAGCAGGACAGGAUGACCUCCCCCUGUACUCCUAAGAAGAGGGCCCUGUGUCCAACCUCAGACAGCACCUUGUUGUUCAGCCCCACUAAAAAAAGUUACCUUCCUCCUAAGAGAGCCCUGGAUUCUCCUCGGAAACCUCUGGUCAGUGCAGCCUCGCUGCUGGACUCUCCCAAAAGCAGCUUUUUCAAUGCAGGUGAAGGUUCAGAGCUGCUGACCAGAAACUAUCCCACUCAGUUCUUUGAUAACUCCAACCUUGGAAUCAAACCCGAUGAACCAGCUGCUGAAAAACCGGACUUCUGGAACGAUGGCAACUGCAAGACCCAGUGAAAGGAAUUUUAAUGUCUUUUGAAUGUGUAAGAAACAAAUUCUAAAUAAAAUUUUAAAUAAAGUUGGAUUAA